AUGUCCUUGCCGUUGCCGCUGCCGUUGCUUGCGCCUGCCCGUGCUGCCGUCCUGCCCCACGGCGCGCAUACUCUAGCACGCGGCUCCAGCGAAAAUAAUCAGCCCACACGGCUACUUUACCCUCAUGACACUGUCGCAGCAUUAGUGUCACGGUUCACAACCUGCUCCUACUCAACACAGACACAGUCGUACGGCUCAAGCCAGCUUCUUCAGUCUGAGCUAAGGAUAAACGACCAUCUACCUCGCCUCAAGCUCGUCGAUCUAUUUGUGUAUCCGAACAGCGCUGUAGACAACACAGCUGAGUUCAAGAUCUCAAACAAGUCAAGAGCAUCUCAAAGUUGGGGCUGGAAGCGGUCGAAAGCUUCAAAUCAGACAAUCAGGCUCCGACGAGAGCUAUCAAGCCAGUGCCAAAUCGCCUCGCCAAACACACCAGCUGGCAUGAUCACGCAGUCUUCUAUAGAGCCGGCGUCGGCUAGUCAAGACACGACGCCGUUCACGUCGCUUCCAAUGCGGUUGAGCAUUCACCGGUGUCUCCUAGACUUUGCCGCUUCUUUUGCAUUCCCCUUCCCUCCUCUCUUGGCCUACGACAAGCCUUUACCCUGUAUCGAGACUCCUACCCUAACAUUCGUAACUCGCAUUCAGGGCGUGUCCGUCGCACCUCUGAGGUUGUCUACCUGA